GCUGUUGUUUGUCAGAUGAGUCAGUCAGUGUACGAGAACCCGCGGUGGAGGGUGGUUGUGUGACUGUCGGUCGUCCCGUUGGUUCCAACACUGGUUUUAUGUAUACUUUUCACCCGAUUGGCGUUCUUUAAAGAAAAAUAAGGAACAUUACUUUUCAUAUUCCUUCCUUGUGUUUUUUCUGUCGCAAGUGACCUGUUUUUAUACCAUUUCCUCUCCGCCGUGGUUCAUUUUUCGAAACUUACUCAGUUUUUCACAUAAAACUAACGAAGGAAUUUGGGAGCUUUGGAUUAUGCCGGUAAUUUGAAAUCUUCAUCUCUUUCCUCCCGUCAUCUUCUAAAUAUAUUCCUACGAAAUACUUCAAACAGUGUAGUGUCUGGCGUCACUUCGAACGUGACAGAUUUUGUUAAAUAUGGCGACUUUAAUGGAGUCUGUCAUGGACAGCUACAAUGACCUAUUUAUUAAAUCGAGAGACCCUCGAGUGGAUGGUUGGCUAUUGAUGGAUUCCCCAUGGCCAACAUUUUUCAUCUGCCUCAGUUAUGUAUUCAUUGUCAAAGUAGCAGGUCCUUAUUACAUGAAGAGUCGGCCUGCGUUUCAACUCCGGAACAUCAUAGUUAUAUACAAUGCCUUCCAAGUGGUAUUUUCAACGUGGAUUUUCUUUGAGUUUGGAAUGGGCGGAUGGUUCCGGGGCUACUCCUACCGUUGCCAGCCAGUCGACUACUCGGAAAACCCUAUUGCCACCAGGAUGGUCCAUGCAUCUUGGUGGUACUAUUUCUCCAAGUUCACAGAAUUCUUUGAUACAUUCUUCUUUGUAUUGCAUAAGAAGUUUGAACAUGUGUCAACACUUCAUGUUAUCCAUCAUGGCUGUAUGCCCAUGAGUGUAUGGUUUGGAGUCAAGUUUACUCCAGGUGGUCACAGUACUUUCUUCGGCUUCAUUAAUACUUUUGUACAUAUUGUCAUGUAUACAUACUACAUGUUGGCUGCCAUGGGACCCAGGUACCGUCGUUACAUUUGGUGGAAGAAAUACCUCACCAACCUUCAGAUGAUCCAGUUCAUUAUGAUCUUUGCCCAUGCUUUCCAACUUUGCUUCACUGAGUGCAAUUACCCUCGUGCCUUCAUGUGGUGGAUUGGUGGUCAUGCAGUUAUGUUCUUCUUCUUGUUUGCAAACUUCUACAUCAAAGCAUAUCUUAAUGGGGCAUCAAAAGCCAAGGCCCUGUUAGCAAAUGGACAUUCAAAAAUGAAUGGGUUUUCUAAUGGUCAUAUACCUAAUGGAAUUACAAAACUCAAUGGCCAUGCCAAUGGCCAUGCCAAUGGCCAUGCCAAUGGACAUGCUAAUGGCCAUGCCAAUGGACAUGCUAAUGGCCAUGCCAAUGGACAUGCCAAUGGGCAUGUUCUUGCUGAUUCAGAGGCCUUUAGUGUAAGAGCUCGGAAAUUGGUGUGUAUGAAUGUUGAUACAGCUUUGGAAUAACUGUGACCAACUCAUCAGCAUUUCUGCUUCUUAGCCAUCAGCUAGCUCAACCAACGAAUUGAAUAUUAAAUACUGCAGAUGUCAUGGCUCAAUGCCACGUACAACGUGUCGCUCGCAUAACUUCUCCCAACCCAACUUGAUGUCUAAGACAAUACAAGCAUAAUCACAACUGUUUUGUUGAACUCAAACGCCAAUAGAAAGCUUUUCAAAGUAAUUAUCUUAAUGCACAUAAAUUCUAUAGCCAGUAAUAAAUUGUUUGUAGAUUCAGAAAAGAUUUUAUUCUCUUGUUUUGUGAUUCCACUGUAACACCAUUAAUUUAUACGUACUUAGCUUUCAGAAAAUUAAAAUAAAUUUAUUUUAAAAUCUAGUUAUUUUGCAUUGUUGAAUCUAUGAAUUCCAUAAAUUGGUGAAAUCUUGCUUUGUUUGGUGUAUGAGGUUUUCAGAACAGAUUCAUCCAAGUAUAAUGACAGAGUUGUUUCGGCUACUUAUAAUUUUUUAUUUUAUAAAUCUGGGAACUGUGUUCAUGGAAUAGGGCAGUAAUAAAUAAAGUACUGCACAUUGCAUUAAUUCCAUCAGUGUCAUAGUAGUUGCACAUUACAUAUAUUUUGAUGUAUUAAAUAUACAGCCUUACAAUGUUUUAAUAGAAAAUUGUUUGAAAAAGUAAGCCGUGACUUGCACAGUAAAGAUACUACUGUAAGUAAUGUAAACUGUUCCAUAAGCUAUGUACCUUUGGCUAUUCAAUCGAAGGUGCUGGGGAAGUAUGAUACUUUAUUUUAUUGGUGUUCAAGUGAAAAUCCAUGACUGAAUAAAGUUUAAAUGUUACUUGUAUUCAGCACUUAUGAAGAUGGAUAACAGUAGUUGAAGCACAGGUCUCCAAUUUUUGCCGGAUAUCAAGUAAAGUAUAUAAUUAUGUUGAUUUGCUUGAAGUUUAGAUAAGAGAAUGUGCAGUAAAGAAUCAUGAAAUAUCAUUAGUAGAUAUUAGGCACAAAAUAUAUCCUUAUUUUUAAAAUGAGUACAGUUGAAGUACAUCGCUGGAAACAAAAAGGCCUACAGAAUUUCCCCCCACGACAAUUAAAGUUUGAUGGUAAAUUUGACUAAAGGCUCCUUGUAAACUUGUCAUGGAAAUUGCAUUUAGUCUACAUUACCCAGUUGCCCAUCUUGCCACAGAAUGGUCAAAUGACCCAUUAAGUCAGUUUACAACCAAAUAUUUCAGACCACACAGUGUAUAUAAUGUUAGGUCAGUAAGGAAAGUAGCAUUUUUCCUAUUUGUUCAUUUGUUUUUCCCUGUCUUAUUUUAGGAGUUAAUGACAUGGUAAAAGCCAAACUUCAGCAGCUGCAACACAUCAAAAUAUUGAUUAUAAACUUUCUAAACCCCAUGGAAAUAUCAUCAUCAUCAUUAUUAUUAUGAGCCAGUUAUAUGGUGCCUUUGUCAUAACAACAUUGUAGGAGGGUAGUUAAUCUUAGUGGUUUCAUCUUAUGAAGCCUUGUGCUAAUGAAGUUUUGGAUCCUUUCCUUUUCAAAACUUAUUUUUGUAUGUGAAUGGGACUGUCCACUGAAAUGUGAUAAGAAUUUUCCUUUGGAUUUUAAGUAUUUUUUCUAUUUUUCAAAGUUCAUUAUUCCUUUAUUCAGCAUCCCAUAUAAUAACUAGCUGCAGACAUAUGUAAUUUAAAAUUAAUGGAGAUUUUUUAUUGUAUGAAUUUUUCGUUAAACAUUUCCAAUAAAAAUUACCUGAAGCUUACCAACUGCCAUCUAUUUUAAGAGCAAUUUGGUCUCAGUGAUGACACGUGGGCUAAUUUGCACUGACAUGGGUACAGCAGGCUAAUUAUGUUGUAGAUCAAGGUAUGGUUGUACUAAUUAAUUGUCAGAGAGCAUGUACAGCUUUCAACAGCCACCAGUUAUGUUAUUAUAGAACAGGAUAUGCAAAUAAAACUAAGAGAUGUUGGCUGAAAUAUUAACAGUAUCAAGUGAAGGGGUAAUAUUUUUGUAUUCCAUUUUCUUUUAGCAUCUGAAAAGUUUCUGUUGAAUCAGAAGGAUUGUGUGUGUGUGCAUUUUUUUAUUACAUUAUCUCAGUGAUGUAAGGAUGCAUUGAUGGCUGCUGAAGGUUGUUAACUUCUGAUAAUAAUUAGCAGGACCCUCAUUUUUCUCUCUCUCUCUCUCUCUCUGUUUUUGACAGCUGUUAGUUGACAGAAGUUUUAAUAAACAUAGUGUGAAUUGUGCCUUAGAGCAGUUUCAGAUUGCUUCUUAGAACAGGGUUUUAGGGGAAAUAAAGUUUUAUGGCAUUUUGUGUAAUUUUCAUUUUUAUUUUAAUUCAGGACACAUGAGGCCUUCAUUCUAUGUACCCCAUGCUGGUAUUCUACAGUUUCUGCAAAACUGUAGUCAUGCACAGUAAAUUGGUGUUUCCUUGCAGUAUAGUUAAUAAAUUUAUAAUUUUUGUCAACUGCAGUAUUCCGUUGAUCACAAGUUAGCCUCUUGAGUUAACUCCUGUUGUGUGGGAAUUGUACAUAGUUAAGUUAGUGAAUUAAGCACUCAACAAGCAUAGAGACAAACAUGCUAAUACUUGGGUAUUGAGCAUAAGCUUCAGUUACUUUCAUGUUUAUUAUUUUUUAAGGGUUCAUGAUUUUGAAGAUAAUUGUUUUCUCAUGAGCAAAAUUGAUGCCUGAAAAAGAAAUGCCAUACUUGCUAAUUUAUAAAAGUUAGAUAACCAAAGUCUGUUUUUCUGGUAGAUUAAGGUUAAAAAAAAAUUUUGUUUAAUAUCAAAUUCCAAACCAUAUGUUGUUUUUCAUAUUGCUACUACAGUAAGCAGCUUUAUGUGUGAAUCUUGGAAGAGUAAGAUUAUAUGCUCUGUAUAAUGCAAUUUUCUUUAUUGACAUUUUUGGUGCAUUAUACACAACUAUUUAGCUGAGCAAAUUUUUUGACAAAACAAUACAGUAUUUAAUUCUGGCCCGUUAUCCAAGUAUUACAUUGUUUCAAUGCCUGAAUUAUUUUUUGGUAUAUCUUAGGUUUUCUGAAUUUCCAAACUAAAGUUAAAGGUAUGCAAGAAACUUUAAAAUUUCCUCUACAGUUGUUGCAAACAUUUAGAUAAAAUCAGUUUACAGUAUACCCAUCUUACUCUUGCAUUUGUUUUGUAAAUAUUUGGACAUGAAUUUUAAUUUUACAGAAGUUAUUUCACUGUUGAUUAAAAUUAUUUUUUCUUUUUCCUUUGAGCUUUUUAUUUAUUUUCCAAGCAUGAUGGCAAGGAUAGCUACCACUGACCAACCUGGGACUGGUGUAAGGUUGUAAUGCCAAAGCCCAAAAGUGGAAGUAGUACAACAUAAAAUGUAUUACAUUUCACACACUGACCCUUUGUAUUACUUGAUCUGUUAACCCAUUAUGCUAUACACUUUAUUUUAUAUUCAGGACAUGUCUUAAUAAAUUACCACCCUCAGGGUUAUUUUUUUUCUACAUUCCGUUGCUCCAUUAAUUAUGUGUGUAUGUAUAUGAGUCUUGAGUCUGAUGUUUAUGAUGUGAGGAGAACACACGGUCUCCUGUAACUUUUUUUUUUAUUUGCUUGCAAAAUAAUAUCAAUGCAGAUUAUAAAUUAGGGAAUUAAGUUGUAUUGUCACUUCACAGUGUAAUAUUUGUUGUUUCACUUUAAAAUCAUUGUUUUGCAAGCAUAGGUGUUGUUAAGUACAGAUGGAAUGUUUUGCAAGGAUAAUUUGUAUACAGUAUGUAAAACAUGUUCAUUUUUCUAA